UCCUUCUGUGUACCUGCGGGAUAUCAUUAUUUCGUUGUCCUCCGCCCAGACGCUGCCUUUGUUCCUGUGAAUUCCUGCUAACGGAACAGCAGUCAGUUGUUUUACUCUCGGUAUAUAACGGGGUUUGUCUGUCUCCUCCGUUACACACCGCGCGAGGACAGCAGACAUGACUCACUCACGGACUGUCAGAAUAGAUAUCGACACAGCUACCAAUCUCUUGCACGUGGUGGGCACGGAAUUAAACAUACACCUGAGCAGGUGUGCCCCUCCUGGCUCCAGGUUCUUCUCGGUGAAAUGCACCCCCGAUGUUCAGUACAGCAUCACCCCUCAGCCUUCGGUGGCUUCCCACCUGUCUCCCCUCCCCCUCCAUGCAAAUCAAGUGCUGCUGAUUGGCAUGAAAAAAGCCAGUGCUCAUGAAAAUGACAACAAGCUGUCUGUCAGGUACUAUGGGGAGAAGUCAGAGGUGUUGGGCAAUGCAGUCGUGCACCUGACAGCUGUUGAGAUCUCUCUGGAUGUGGACGCUGACAGAGAUGGAAAAGUGGAAAAAGACAACCCCAAUAAGGAUUCCUGGAAAUGGGGUCCUAACGGCCAUGGAGCAAUCCUGUUGGUCAACUGUGACUCUGAGCAGCACUACUGGAAGAAACCAGACCUUGAGAAAAGAACUAUCACCAAAGUGUCAGAUCUGAAGGACAUGUCUCUCAUGAUCCUGCGGACCAGAGGCCCUGCCAAGCUCCCUGAUGGCUACAAGCUCAGCAUGCACAUCACUAAAAGUGAUUCAGAUUGUAUCAGAGUCUUCAAGUCUGGAUCCCCUGGAUCUAAUACCGCUCCCUUGAGUUACCUCUACAGCCUGUUUGUGCAGUACUAUCCUCUGGUUCUGAGCGAUGAAGUCUUGAUUAAGGAGGUGCCUUACCCUGGAGGAAACGGAGAACUGGAGUUCUAUGUGGAGGGUCUCAGGUUUCCUGACAAGGACUUCGAUGGGCUCAUCACCAUCAACCUCAGUCUGUUGGACUCAGUUGCAAGGGGUAUCCCUGAGACGCCUAUCUUCACCGACAGAGUCGUGUUUAAAGUGGCUCCUUGGAUCAUGACACCCAACACCCUCAGGCCUGUGGAGGUGUAUGUCUGCAAAAUAAGGGAUAACGAGCAAUUCCUCCAAGAAAUGAAAAACAUUACUGAAAAGAGUGGAUGUACUCUGAAGAUUCUCCCUGAGUAUAAGAACCGAGGAGAUCGCUGGAUACAGGAUGAAAUGGAGUUUGGUUACAGUGACGCACCUCAUCAUCAGUUCCCCGUCGUUCUGGACUCUCCUCGAGACAGAAAAUUAGGUGACUUUGCAUAUGAUGAGCUGCUGGGCCCUGACUUCGGCUAUGUCACAAGAACGCCUGACAGUUCAAAACCAAACAGUCUGGACUCUUUCGGUAAUCUAGAAGUAAGUCCUCCAGUCACUGUGAAUGGAAAACACUACCCCCUGGGUAGAAUCCUCAUUGGAGUGGCCUUUCCCACGACAACUACAGGACGAAACAUGACCCAAAUUAUCCAGGACUUCCUCUGGGCUCAGAAGGUUCAGGACCCGGUGGCUUUAUACUCAGACUGGCUCCUUGUUGGACAUGUCGAUGAAUUCAUGAGUUUUGUUCCUGCACCUGACAGAAAGGGGUUCAGGCUGCUGCUGGCAAGCCCAGACGCCGGCUACAAACUCUUCAAAAAGUUACAGAAUGAUGGGCACGGUAAAUCCAGGCUGUUUGAAGAUCUGGAGGAAGAAAAAAAAUUAUCAGUUGAUGAAAUACUUGCUGAUGAGGGUCUCCAAGCUGAAAACAACUAUGUGCAGAGCUGCAUCGACUGGAACAGAGACGUACUGAAGAGAGAGCUGGGCCUGGAGGACGCCGAUAUCAUCGACCUGCCGAUCCUCUUCCAGCUUGUGUUAGAUGGAAAGAAGCUCAAAGCCCUGCCUUUCUAUCCUGACAUGGUGAACAUGAUUGUCUUGGGGAAAAACCUCGGCAUCCCUAAGCCUUUCGGCCCCAAGGUGAACGGAAGCUGUGCUAUAGAGGCUGAGACGAGAUCCCUGCUGGAGGGCCUGGGUCUAAGCUGCACGUUCAUUGAUGACUUCGUCGCCUACCACAAAAAGCUGGGAGAGGUGCACUGUGGCUCCAACACCCGCAGGGUGCCAUUCGACUUUAAGUGGUGGAACAUGGAGAUGUAAAGAGGGCCUUUACUAUAAAUAGAGAUGGGCUUUUCAGUAUGCUUAAUAUUUUAAGAAAGCAAAGCACCUUUAAGUCAUAGGGAUGGGGAUUAUUUUACUUUUCAAAGCCUUCUUCUAUCUCACUAAAAAUCAACCAGUAAUGUACAAGUUAAUCCCAAAGCUAAUCUUUUAUGGGUUUUUUUUUAUGUAUGGCUCUUUUUCUACAAUUGUUCUUGCAUGGCAACUGUUAGCCUUAAUGUAGUAAACCAGAGUUUAUCUCUUUUGUUUGCAUCUUCAUCUUUAUUAAACAUUUUUGUCAGCUUUAUUUACAAAAAGGAUGAAAAGCAAUAUUUACAAAGAAAUCUUUUGAACAAGGGCUUAAGCAGACUGUGGACAGGAACAGAAAUACAAUCACUUUAACUGAGCACAUAGAUGAUUCACUCCCAGUCUUUGUGGUUUCAAAACCAACUGUUGUGCAAGCACAGUUAGAUGAAUGGUACCACAUAAUGUGCUAUAAUGACAUAAAGCCACAAGAGGGCACACUUCAUCUACUCAAGCAUUUCCAAAGUCCAGAGGAAAAUCAUUUGAAACAAUGUCUUUAAAUCAUUUUAAAAGGCUAAAAUGCUGUAUUUUAUUACCAAAAAUGUCUCUUCAUGGUUUGUUUCUAUACCAUUUUUCUGUUGCAUCAAACGCAAAAUGCUGCUUUGUUCUGUUUGUAGCUCUAAAUAGUUUGAAAGUCACUGAAUAUUUGUUGUUUUGCAUUUGGACCACUGCCUUCAAACUAUUUGUACU